CGGCUGCAACGGUCGUAACGGUCGUAACGGCCGCGGUGUGCGGAGGCGCUCAGACGGAGCGGCACCGGAGGAUGCGGCAGCAGCCGGGCACAGGUCGAGCACGCUGGAAAAGUGAGGCUCUGAAGGUUGUUUUCCUCGCUAGUCUCUAUAUGAGCGAUUAGUCUCUUGAGAUCUCGAGUCUCUUGUUUGGUGAUCUGUAGUGCUUUUUUUAAAUGGAAGCAAUUGGAGUGGCAUCUUUGGGAAAGCAUCCUGCAGGCUGCUGAUAGGAGUAAGUACAUGAGACACAGUAACAUCAUGGUGGAUGUGGGAAAGUGGCCAAUAUUUACCUUGCUGUCACCUCAAGAAAUAGCAUCUAUUCGGAAAGCGUGUGUGUUUGGUACAUCAGCCAAUGAAGCCAUAUACACUACACACAACGAUGAGGUGUUUGUUUUUGGACUGAAUUGCAGCAAUUGUUUGGGAACUGGAGAUAGUCAGAGCACAAUAGUACCAAAGAAAUUAGAAGCCUUGUGUGGGAAGAAGAUUUCCAGUCUCAGUUAUGGAAGUGGACCACAUGUUCUACUUUGCACCGAAGAUGGAGAAGUGUAUGCUUGGGGACAUAAUGGCUACAGCCAGCUUGGGAAUGGUGCAACCAAUCAGGGUGUUACUCCUGUUCAAGUCUGCACAAAUCUGUUACUAAAGAAAGUGAUUGAAGUAGCUUGUGGCUCUCACCAUUCCAUGGCAUUAUCGUUUGAUGGGGAUCUGUAUGCUUGGGGCUAUAACAACUGUGGUCAGGUUGGAUCAGGAUCUACAGCAAACCAGCCAACUCCUCGGAGAGUUUCAAACUGUUUGCAGGAUAAAAUGGUAGUUGGCAUUGCUUGUGGUCAGACCUCCUCCAUGGCUGUAGUGAACAACGGUGAGGUUUAUGGCUGGGGUUACAAUGGUAAUGGUCAGCUGGGUCUUGGAAACAAUGGCAACCAAUUAACGCCGUGCAGAGUGGCAGCAUUACAUGGUGUGUGCAUACUCCAGAUUGCCUGUGGCUAUGCACACACUCUAGCACUAACAGAUGAGGGCUUGCUCUAUGCCUGGGGAGCUAACACUUAUGGGCAGCUGGGAACUGGCAAUAAAAGUAACCAGCUAAGCCCGCUGCAGAUCAUGAUGGAAAAAGAAAGGGUUGUGGAGAUUGCAGCCUGCCACUCUGCUCACACUUCGGCUGCCAAGACGCAGAGCGGCCAGGUGUACAUGUGGGGCCAGUGCCGCGGCCAGUCUGUUGUCCUUCCCCACCUCACUCACUUUGCCUGCACUGAUGAUGUGUUUGCUUGCUUUGCUACCCCUGCUGUUAUGUGGCGUCUUCUCUCAGUAGAGCAAGAAGACUUCUUAACAGUAGCAGAGUCUCUGAAGAAGGAAUUUGACAGCCCAGAAACCUCAGACCUAAAGUUCCGAGUGGAUGGAAAGUACAUCCAUGUUCAUAAAGCUGUUCUAAAAAUCAGGUGUGAACACUUCAGAACCAUGUUUCAGUCCUACUGGAAUGAGGAUAUGAAGGAAGUGAUAGAAGUAGACCAGUUUUCUUACCCUGUGUAUCGUGCCUUUCUCGAGUACUUGUAUACAGACAGUGUGGACCUUCCUCCUGAAGAUGCUAUAGGGCUUUUGGACUUGGCUACUUCAUACUGUGAAAAUAGACUGAAAAAACUGUGUCAGCACAUUAUCAAGAGAGGGAUUACUGUGGAAAAUGCAUUUUCAUUGCUAUCUGCUGCUGUCAGAUAUGAUGCAGAGGACUUAGAGGAUUUCUGCUUUAAAUUUUGUGUUAACCACUUGACCGAAGUGACACAAACUACAGCAUUUUGGCAAAUGGAUGGUCCCCUGCUGAAGGAAUUCAUUGCUAAAGCCAGUAAAUGUGGAGCCUUUAAGAACUGAAUUGAGGCUGUAAGUGACAGGCGUCUGUAGGAUGUUUUGCAGAUGUAACAGGUCAGUGUAACUGCGUGGGUAAAAGUGUUACCUGGUGUCUUGCAGCAGAAGCUGUGCAGGGCCACAGCAAAAUGUUCUUUUUACUCAGUGCUGUAAAACUGUCAAGCAGUGUACUUGCAUUUAGCAGAUCUGGAUGGAGGAACUAGCACCAGAGCUCCUCACAAAGGAGAGAGUAAAGACUGCAGCACCCAAGAGACACCAGGUGAUGUUAAGGACUUUUGGGCUAGGAAAUCCUGUUUCUAGCAUUGCCUGUUAAUAUUUUAAAUUUACUGUUUAAGGGCUCAGAGCCCCUGAAUGAAGUCAAUUAAAUCAUUAGCUCUCUGGGUUAUAAACAGCCAAAGGGCAUGGAUAUCUUUUAUUGCAGUUGCAUGAUGUGAAUGAAAUUGCUGGUUGCUGCGUGUAAUUAACCAAGUGUAUUUGGUGCUUAAAGUGUGCAAAAACAAUGCAUCCUCAAAGCUUGCAGAAGUAACUGACAAAAGUAACUCUGAAGAGAGGGGCUAGCAGAUCUUGUUUGAAGCCAAAUUCUAUAUUUGGGUAUAACUUAAUAUAAGUUGUAAUGUAUACUUUGUGUAAUCUGCUUAAGUAAUGUUUAUUAUGACAGUUAGUUAAUGGGAAGAUUUCCCACUUGGACUUCACUUAAUUGGUUCCCUUAGUGGAAAAAGAAUACACUGUUCUGAAAGCAUUUGUUUGAUUUUUUUUCAAUUAAGUAUUGCAUAAAUUUAAACUACAUGCAAUAAAUUUUUUUUUUUAAUAACUAACUCUUCACAAGCAAACUUCUUUGAAGAAAAUGUCAAGCUUUGUGUUACAUGUCACCUCUAAGUUGAUUUACUAAAACAAACAGAAGAAAAACAACCAGAAAACCUCACAGACUAUGUAUUACUGAAUCUUACUGACCUGACUGUGCUUGAUGUGUACCUGUGACCUCCAUUUCAGAAAGCCUGAAGCUUGCCUGUAGGUACCAGCACAGUACCUGGUGACUGCAGUUCAUGUUGCUGAUGAGUCCAGAUGGAAAACACAGAUGCUGUAAUUUCCCAGUGGCCAUGUGCCACCUAGUGUUUGUACCAUGUGCAAUAAGGAUGUUAUUGUGCUGUCUCCAAAUAAAGGGUAGAAAAGUUAAAA